UCCGCACCUCCCCAUCUCCGCCAAUCGCCAUGGCGAAGCUGCAUCCCUAGCAGUGCUCCGGUUGCGCGUGCGCCGUCCUCCGGUGUUCGAUCGUCUCCCCUCCCCCUGUUCAUCGGAGCCGCGAAGUCCACAAUGCCAAAAAUAAAGAAUUUGUGCACUGCAUGUGAGGAGUCAUUCUCUGUGGAUGGACCCAUAUCCGAGGAAGCACUUCAGAGAGUCCUCACGAUAUUAGAUAAAAUAAGGCCUUCCGAUGUUGGUUUGGAGCAAGAAGCAUAUGUCGCCCGUAACUGGAAUAAUUCAAGCCGUGAUACAAAUGGGAGAAGAGAACCUAAUGGGACAAACCAGGACAUGCCUCCCAUAAAAUAUAUGCACAUUCAUGAAUGUGAAACCUUCUCUAUGGGCAUAUUUUGUAUGCCACCGUCAUCUAUCAUUCCUCUUCAUGAUCAUCCAGGAAUGACUGUGCUGAGCAAACUUCUCUACGGAAAACUUCAUGUGGAGUCAUAUGACUGGAUCGAUGUAAACGAUCAAACUGAACAACUGAAGGCUAGACCAGCGAAGCUUUUCAAGGACUGUGAAAUGUCUCGAGCUCAGACUACGGUUCUUUUUCCUGAUAGAGGUGGUAACAUCCACACAUUUAGGGCAAUCACGCCUUGUGCUGUCUUCGAUGUUCUUUGUCCUCCAUACUUGCCAGGUGUGGGCAGGGACUGUUCGUACUUCAAGAAGUCUUCACUAAAUGAAUCACCUGCACCGAAUUGCUCAGAAGUUGUUUGGUUGGACGAACUGGAGGGCCAUCAACCUCCGGAGGGGUUUUCUGUUACAAGCGGUUCCUACAAGGGUCCUAUAAUAAGAUGAGAAUCUCUAAUGCCCAGAGCAUGUCUAUGCACCAUCUCACGAUGCAGAGCCAGAAGAGUUCUUCCAUAUCCAGAAAAGCAAAUAAAACUAUAACACGCCUGUUGGCUGGAAGAGGAUGCAUGAUUUUAGCUUCUCCUGUGUGUCACUUUGUCGAGCAUGUACCAUUAGACCACUGAUUUGCAGUUCGCGGUUAGUCAUGUACAUGUCAAUGUGAUCUGCGAACAUUUCACUUUAGUUUUGCAAAACAAUGAUGAAGCCAUGAGGGGUAUGGUAUAACCUUUCUUAGAGCAUAUUUUGUGUUGUUUGAGAUAUCCUGACUGGUGGGUUUUCUUA